UGACAUCAGCCUGAAGUGAAUAAGGCAGCCUCACAGGGAGUUAACACACCAGAGAAAGUUUAUUGCUUCAGGCAACUGCAGGUACAUGGAGGGCUGUGAAGGAUGUGACGAAUGAAAGUCUGCAGUAAUCAGUGGAAAUGCAAUGAGAGGGUGAAAGUGAGUGGAUAAUGUAAUUUUGCAGCAAUAAAAUUAGAUAUAUAAUCAGCUGCUGACUCAAGGCAAAUGAGUAAAGGUUUAUUACGGCUGUGUUAAUAAAAGUAAACCUGAUUUCAGCAAGGGCGUUAAAGAAGAAAGCAGGCGGUGAUGUAAAUGGAAAGAAUCUGUGCUGCUUUGUAGCAGUGAAGCACGUCACAGUCAUUUACACAAGUCUGCGAGAGAUCAAGGGCACGGAGAGCAUUUCUUUCCACGCGUGCAGCUGUGCAGUAGUGAGAUGCUUUAUUUGUUUAAAAUCUACACAUUCUAGUUACUGUGAGAGAGUGUGACAAACCCAGUGACCUUCAGUCAAAUGAAGCGACAUGCCCAGAGGUGGAGUGCGAUGUAAAGUUUGAUACUUUUUACAAAAGAGCAGUGGAGGUGUGUGUGUAUGUGGUGGUGGCAUAUAAUCUACCAUUCUUAAAACAGCUAUUUUUUCAUCUAUAAUAUGUAGGCAUUAACGUUAUGAAACUUGUAGACCUCAGGCUUAAAUAACAUCCAAGUUUUCAUAUUGUGUUAUUAUUUUUGACAGAUCCCAUGACUUUCUGACUUUACUACUCUGCCGUUGGCUCUGGACGUAAACCUAGUGAUUCCUCCUGAAAACAGUGGAACACAUAAAAGGAAUGGUUUCAGGAAAAUACGCUUUCUGUGAGAGAUUUGCAUUUGACAAUCAAUCUUACUCUCAUAGCUCUUCAUUAAAUAAAAAGCCAGCAGUCAGUUAACUUAACCUGGCACAGAUUGGAAAAAAAAAAGUUUCAUGUUGUGCUUUGCUGGAUUAUUUCUGGCUCUGAGCAGUUGUCAGACUGCCAGAAGAGACUCUAUUAGUACUAGAAGUAAUGUUUUACUUCUCUCUACCCGUCUCUUAAUCCCUGACAAACCUGUAUGUUGGCAUUGAAAGGUUUUAGAGCUGUCUAAAACUGAUAGAUUUAGGCAGAUAAGUCUGAUGACUGGUUAGGGUUAGGUUCAAAUAACUCCCCAAAAUUGGUUUGGGUAGACACCUCAGAAUAAAACGUAAUGUAAAACACACCUCUGGGCAGCAUUAGCUUUUAGGGAAAUAGUAUUGUACUGUAUAUAUUUUUACUUCUUUGUUCUUUCGAAAUGCACUUUAAGUAGUUUGCAGUCCAGUAAAAACAAGUGCAAAGUGCAGGCUUUCCUUAUUUUCUUAUUUUCUUACUUCUUGAAACCAAUUUUCAUAUGCUUGAGAUCAUUUGGAGUACAAUUAUUUUUUAUUUAUUUAGUAUAUGUGUAGCAUUCAUUUCAUUGUUUAGUGAAGUUUGUUUUAUGAUCAAUUUGACAUUGAUUGAGAGGUUAAAGAUCAAGUGUGACUUGAUGUUUUUAAUCUUUAUACAGUACUUUCUAUAUGUUGACAAUACACACCACGCUUGUAUAAAGUUGCUGUUUUUUGACCAAUUAAUCAUGAAGUUGACCUUGAAAACUUUAUUAUAAACUUUAAUGGCUUGUUAACAUGACCCGAAUCUACGUUUUCUUAAAAUUCAUUUAAAGCAUUUCAAGCUAAUGUGAAAGACAGAAUGACACGCACACAAGCAAAAUAACCUCCUUGGCGAGAGGUGACAAUUUGAAUAACAAGUCAAGAAAACCAAAGUGGGUGCUAAAGAAAACGGACAUAUUUUUAUUUUGUACUUCUUUUUUGUAUGAAUAAAAUAAAGAUGAUGUAAAGUGUUAAGGAUUAAACUUUAAGGCUACCUGUUUGACUUUUUCCAGUGUAUGUGUUAAGCUAACAUGCUGAUAUUGACUAAAAAUAAAGUGUAACAUCAGUCUUCAGUUCAGUAUUAAUUUGUCAAACAAUGAAAAAGGAUAUGUCUUAAAACUUUCAUGCGUUGAAGUUUUCAAAAAAAGUAUUAGUAAAUUCCAGCUGGCAAAUUUUCACCAGUUAUUUAGCUUCAGUUAUCUACCAACUGAUCCCAUGCUCCAUUCACAUGUGUGAACUGACCUCAAAAACAUUUCUCAGCUUAUUCAAAUCACCUCAGAAGACUUUGCCCUCACUGUUCAAUCCCUCAGUGACCCUGGAAUCCUCUUUAUCUGCUAGAGCAAGAAACAUAACCAUAACCCCCCAUUUUAUUAAAAUAGAGCACUGAGCUGAAAGUCAAUAACUGUGAAAAUGAAAUAUUCUCCAUCAAAGGCAGAGACCAGAACAUGAAGACUCAUAGAUGUGAUGCCAUCAAAUGUAAAAUCUGGAGCUGUUUCAUUUUUUUAUUCACUGAGAGGUAUUAUUAGUUAUGAAGCAGAAAUUUCACAGAAAAUCCCUCUGGAUUUCUUCUUGGUUGCUUUAAACAGCUUUUCUUAUUCAUCCUGUCUGGUGUACUUUGGGAUAUUGAAUGCUGAUGAUAAAAGAGGUUUUCUUACACUUAGGUUUGUUAUAAUGUUGUUUUAUUAAAUAAUUGAGCUGGUAGGCUCCUAUAUUUGUACAAUAAGUGUUUAUAAAGCCCUUUUCAGACAUGGACUAUGUAUCAUCACUGGCUGUACGUGUUGUUGAGAGUAAAGGCAUUUUGCCAUUCAGAUGGGUUUCACGUUAUAAAUGCUCUUCUUUUGGCCAUGUAGAGAUCGGCUGUGGCCCUGCAUGAAGAAAUGCUGCCCCAUCAUUCAUUUGGAACAGAAGGCAUUCUGGGUACACAGUGGGAGUCUAGCGUUGGUCAGCAAAAAAGUUUCCCUACUAUCCUUUGGUGGAUUAUUAAACAAUGGAUGACACAACAGUGACUGACCUCAAAGAGUCAACAUCAGAGCAGUCAGUAAAUCGGAUUUACACUCAUAAACCUGGGACCACCAGGCUGGAAGAACCACACAGCAGAUUUAUCUUCCUUUGAUUUGAAAGGAAUCUGCAAAGAAGUCACAUUGAUGGAUUUAAUUAAGGACGUUUUUGACUGAAACCCAGAAUUGUCUGAAAAAUAACCACAAGUCAUUUUGACGCCGUGUUUUGACACAUCUGAGUCACCUGUACCAUGUGGUCAAUGGGCUUGCUCUUUUCUCACACCUUUUGGACUCUAGAUUUAUCGUGAUGCUGCUUUUUUCUGUUGCGCUCUCGGAGUUUCCCACAAGCGGAAUUUGACUAUCGACAACAUGCCUCUGCUCAAAGUCAGGAAAAUCAGGACUUUUGCUCUCCUUUUUUGUGUCAUUACAUUUACAACUUUCCUGUUCAGCUAUACCUUCCGGGACCCUUCACUCUACUUCUUUAAGUACGCAUUUCGCCUGUCGGACAACUUCUUCUCCAAAGGGCUGUGUGCCUGUCGUCAGUGCAUAGCAGAGCUGGAGGAUGACCCGUGGUUCGCCGAACGCUUUAAUCAGUCCAUCCACCCUCUGAUGACCAGAGAGAACAGUGCCCUCUCGGAUGAAACCUUUAAGUGGUGGCAGUGGUUGCAGUCAGAGAGGCAGCCGGCCAACUUCAACGAAGUGGUGGAGGAGCUGUUCCAAGUCAUCCCCGAUGAGGUGCUUUACAUGGACGCCGGUCCUGAGCGCUGCAGGACUUGCGCCGUCGUGGGGAACUCCGGGAACCUGAAGGGGUCCCAUUACGGUGGCCUCAUCGACUCUAGUGAUUUCAUCAUAAGGAUGAACCAGGCUCCCACCAGUGGUUUUGAGGAGGAUGUGGGCAGCAGGACAACUCAUCACGUCAUGUAUCCAGAAAGUGCCAUAGACCUGGACAAUAUUACUAGUCUGGUGCUGAUCCCUUUCAAGACUCUGGAUCUGCAGUGGAUUAUUAGUGCUCUGACCACUGGCACUAUUAAACACACAUAUUUACCUGUGAUGUCCAGGAUAAAGGCAAACAAAGACAAGGUGUUGAUUUACAGUCCAACAUUUUUCAAAUACGUCUACGAAUCGUGGCUUGACAGUCAUGGACGAUAUCCUUCGACCGGUUUCCUCAGUUUGCUGCUCGCUGUCCACAUAUGUGAUGAGGUCAGUGUGUUUGGAUUCGGUGCAGACCAGUAUGGAAACUGGCACCACUACUGGGAGGAGAACCAUUUGGCCGGAGCUUUCCGACACACAGGAGUCCACGAUGGAGAUUACGAAUAUAAUGUCACCCUGCUGCUGGCAGACAAGCACAAAAUCCGAAUGUUUAAAGGCAGAUGAUACCGAGCCCAUAUGUGCAGCUGGAUGACCACCAAAUGAACCUCAGCAGCCUUUUAAUGUUCAUUACCCACCAAAAGAAGAAUUUUGUUUUCGUUUUAUUUCUUUAUUUUACAGAUUCCAAAGACAUUUUCACUAUUCUGCUCAGCCCAGUUUCCUGUCAUUUACUGAAGUGGCUGUUUAACAAAUGUCACUUCUAUUGUCACACCAGGAGACGAGGACAGGCCAUUCAUAAGACAAAAUCAGCACUGCCAUGGGAGACUGAGCAGAUAAUAGUAGAAGGGAGACGAAGAUGUAUGUUAAUAAGCAUGUUAUUAUAAAAAGCUGAAGUUCUACUACAUAGUAUGUGUAUAAUCCAUGUGUCGCUUUUCUAUAUACGGUAAUGAUGUCCAGCACUGUGGCCACCAAAAGCUUUGUAUGCUAAUGAUCAGACCAAGUGCCGUAAUUACCGUUAAUGUCAUUCAAUUGCCUCUGUUUUUGUCAGACCCACCAAUUUUUUAAUGUGCAACCUGCACUAAAAAGCUAUUUAUUAACUUGCUUUCCUGAUUACAGCUGUAAAAUAAAGUUUAAUGACACUAAAGGGGUGCUUAAAAUUGAACCCAAAAUCUAGCCCCAAGAAAUUAUUUUACUACAUUGGGACAUUUACAGAAAACCCCCAGGACUACAGCCACAUCUAUGGGAAAUACUUAAGUGUUCAGUCCAAAUGUCAAACACUUUGUCAUCCCUACAUACUAAGUUUUGCAGUAUAGUUUAAAAAAUAACCAUAUUGUCAAUGCUAGAGCAAAAAUUAAGUCUCUAUCAAAAAGAGUCUAAAAAUGACUAUGCACUUUGUUUUGCGACUAAUAAGCUUCAAUAGUGCUAUGUAUUUCAAGCCAAAUGUUAGCUGUCUAACCUGCUAAGCUAUGAUGGAGAACAUGUUAAACAUUCCUUGUGCUAAUAAUGCUAGCAUUAUCAUAAAGAGCAUUUUAGCAUGCUAGUAUUGAGCCCAAGUUCGCCUGUGUCUCACAGAGCUGCUGGUAUAUGCAGUGUUUUAAUUUUCCCACACUUAAUCUUAUUUUCUCCUUAUUUUGUUGAAGAUUUGUGGGCUGUAGUGUUUUUUGUGACACAAGUAUGUAUCUCCUAGCAAGUCAGAAUUAGCACGGUGACACAAAAAAAAAUUAAUAAGCUAGUUCCUUAGUUGUCACUCUCUGUGCUCGCUGUGCACUGAGGGUACAAAUAAGACUUAGCUUUUUAAUCUUAUUCUUCUUAUUUUGUUGGAUAUUUCUUGACUGUGAUGGUUGAGAAGUAGACACACAAAUCUGAGCUAGCACGCUGGUACUCAUGGGCUACAUUACAGUAUCCACCUCCUCUAUCAUUGGCUUUUUCAGAUAUGUCUCAGUCACAUAGAGAACAAUAGAAUGACCACCUCCUUGUGACUAGGAAAAAUCAGUCAUUGUUUGUACUGACUUUUUUCACAUUGGCGACUUAUUUCAAAUAGUUGGGACCAACAACUGGUUGCUUAAAGGUUAAGUGUCUAACAGUCAACAACUUGUAAUUCAACAGCUUGCCACCAAAAUUAUAUUCUCAUUAUGUCUUUAUAUAUAAGCAAAGUUGCUGAGCGCCAAUGUCAUCUUGGAGUUAAAUGACCGUAAUGCAGCAACUAUAUUAUUUGUGGAGGGAUUUCUGAAUUUUAAAUCCAUGGUUCUGGUUGGCAGUAGCAGUUAAUGUAAAUUUCUGUUUAAAAUGAAUUUCUGUGGAUACAGACAGCAAUGAAUUUGUAUUUUUCACCAGUUUAACACAGUUGAUCACCAUAUUAACAAAAUCUGACCGCAUUUAAACGCUAACUUAACCCCAUUCAAUUGCAAACUGAUAGCAGCAACUAACUCCAUCUUAUUGCUGUUGCAUUGCCAUCCUUGAAGUCAGCAAGGAUGAGAGUAGUCCCAGACCCAGUCUUUGUUUUCAAAGCAACUUCUUCAAAGGACACCAGUUCAGUCAUUUUCAUUUUCUCUAGUUGUAGUAUCGAAUUUUCUACCCACAGUUUAAGUGUUACAUACCCAGUGUGUAUUAGGAGAGAUGACUGUAAUGAAAAAUCUCUUGAAAUUUUCAUGAAUUAUAUGAAUUAUUUCCAUCUCUUUGACAGAGGGCUGGCCUGAGCUACAUAUUCAGAGCACAGACAUUACAUUAGACAGGAUGCAGCGUGUGCUUCAGCUGCUUUCACUAAAAAUACCAUAAUGUGGCACCUUCCUGCGGCUUUAUGUGGCGGUGUGGGCGUGUUAAUAUGUAAAAUGUAACCAAGGUGAAACAGAAAAUAAUGUUUUAUUGCUCUUAUUUGUUCCCGUGAUCACUUCUCUCUCUCUCACCACUAACCACUGUGGCUCUCUCUCGCUCUCUUGUUGAGCUGAGGUGAAGGGGGUCAGCUUUUGAUGUUUCUCACAAUUUCAGCACAUUCUACAUUUGAAAUUGUAGAAUACCAACACCAACUUAGUUUCUGUUCUAGACAGAAAGAAAGUUUGGUGCUUGGAAUUUGUUUCUUUUAUUAAAUCUGCUGGGCCAAAAGGACUCUACUGGAGACCUGCAGCUACCUGUGGAUUAAGAGUUGUGUUAUAGCAAAGCAAUCAAUGAGAUUGUGCCAUUGGGUGUGAUGGAAAAAUGAUAGAAAGGUUUUCAGUGUUUGCAGCGUAACACAAACAGCGGGUUCUUUGUCAUCGAUCAUUAACACCUGACAUACGAACCAGCCUAUACAGGGGUGCCUUAUCAUUGAAAUCAGUGAUGUAGUAUACAUUUUUUGAUGUAUUAUGUGACACAGUUUGUAAAUGAAAAGUAUGUGUAAAGUGCCUUACAGUUAAAGUGUACUGUAUUGUUGUGUAAAUCUGACACUCAUAUGCUUGGUACACACAGUAUAGCUGUCUCAUUUAUUGUCAGUAAGAUGCCAACAUGUUUUGCACUUUUUGAUGAGGUGUUGCUCUGUUUUGUCCAGACUUUAUUAGCUUGCUGAUCACACUGAACUCUCACCUUCUUAUUUUUACUCACAGACGUCUGACCUGAAAUGUUGUGCUUGUUCAGAUGAUGCAGGAGUUAGGCUUAGCUGCAGUAACAGGCUAUGAUUUGCUCUGUGUGCCUUGUAACAGAUUAGAGACAUUUGUCUGGCCGGUGUCUUUUCUUCAUUCCCGCACACACAGAGACAAACCACAAUUUGUUUUUUCCUGUCACCAUGAAUUCAUUCAGCUGCCACAGAAAACAACAGUGGUGUGAAUGUGUCAUACAGGGAGCAGGGAAUACUGCCACCUAGUGGACAAAAACGUGGGUCAGCAUUAACGUGUUUUGAUUUGGUAUUAUAUGAUUCAGUAUGAACUGGCACUUUUCAAACUGUAUUCAUUGUUUAUCGUUUAAAUAAACUAAGUAGUGCAGUUGUUUCAGUCUUCACACACACACUAGCUGUGAAGAUGGAUGUAUGUAAGACUAAGACACAAAAUAAAGGCUCCAAUGAAAAGAA